GUAAAAGCACCAGGCAACAUGAAAACAGAAGAGACACCCACAUGUUUGAAGCAAACUGCACCUUCUUUGGAAACUGACUGUGAGCAGAAACCGGGGCUGGCGUGUGCGGGCUGCAACGUUGCCAUCACAGACCGCUUUCUCCUGCGAGUCAACGAGAGGUCCUGGCAUGAAGGAUGCUUGAAUUGCGCGGCGUGUCUGCAGCCGCUCUACGGUACCUGCUUCUGCCGCAACAAGCUGCUGUACUGCCGGCGAGACUACGAAAAGUGCUUUGUUGCCCGGUGCAGCGGGUGUGACGGGGCGGUGGGCCGCUCCGAACUGGUGCUGCGUGUUCUGGGCCAGGUCUACCACGUGGAGUGCUUGCGCUGCUGCGAGUGUGAGCGGCCCCUGCGCCGGGGCGACGAGUUUGUGCUGAAGGAGGGGCAGCUGCUGUGUCGCGGCGACUACGAGAGGGAGCGGCGGAUGCUGAGCGGCAUCAGCCCCGGACACAGCGAGUCAGUGAAAAGCGAAGAUGAGGGCGAGGGGCAUCGGGGGCUGCCCGUGGACAAGGGCGAUGGGAAGAGCAGAGCGCACAAGAGGUCCAAGCGCCCACGGACCAUCCUCACCACCCAGCAGCGACGGGCCUUCAAGGCUUCCUUCGAGGUGUCAUCCAAACCCUGCAGGAAGGUCAGGGAGACCCUGGCGGCAGAAACAGGACUCACGGUACGGGUUGUACAAGUUUGGUUUCAAAACCAAAGAGCCAAGAUGAAGAAGCUUGCACGAAGGCAGCAGCAGCAGCAGCAGCAGCAGCAGCGGCAACAGGAUCAGGAUCAGGAGCAUCUGAACUACCAGCGCGGGGGCUCCAAACGCCAUGGCAACCGAGUACCGAGACACGGCCACCAUGACAGUGAAGGUGAGCAAGCUUCAUUUGGAGUGCGGGAGGAAACCAGGGCACCCGGAGAAAACCCACACGGUCACGGGGAGAACGCACAAACUCCACACAGGCAGCACAGCACCCCAGGACUGGAGAGGAUGAUGCCCCCCUAUUCCUCUCUGCAACACCAGCAGCUGAGGCCAGUGGAUCAGAGCUGUUACAGCACGGACCACUUCAGACGGGGGCUCACUCCACCACACGUGCCGGGGGUCCACGUGCAGCCUCAUGGUUCGGAGGCAGUCUUCCCUGGCAUGCAACGGGAUGGUUCUCUCGGUCACCUGCGCGAAUGUCUCCUGGCUCCACCCGAAUCCAACCUGCUGCCUGCUCGAGUGGCAAACCCCAUCGACCGCCUGUACUCCAUGCAGGACUCCUACUUCACCUCCUGAUCAGCGGCAAUCCAGCCACGACCUCUUGCCGUCUUGUGUAGGAAGGAACUGCAGAUGCUGGUUUACACCACACACUAAAAAGCUGGAGUAACUCAGCGGGACAGGCAGCAUCUCCGGAGAGAAGGAAUGGGCGGCGAUUUGGGUCUGAAGAAGGGACUGGACCCGAAGCGUCACAAAUUCCUUCUCUCCAGAGAUGCUGCCUGUUCCGCUGAGUUUAAAUCCAGCAUUUUGUGUCUAUUCGUGGCUUCGUGACAAGUGUCUGGG